UAUAACAUCAUCAUGACCAUAUGUUGAACAUGAUGUGGUAACAAAACCCUGUGGAUGCAUUGAAGUUAAUAACCAAAACAAAACAAGUUGAUUUGGUUUGGAAAAAUUAAAUGAAAUAAAAAAAUCUCCAUCAAUAUUAACACCAUUGUCGUGUUUUUGCGUGGCUGUGAAGAUUUUUUAUUUUUGUAAAGCAUCGAGUUCUUUGAGCGGUUUUACUUUCGGAGGCGAUUGGGAGUGGAGGCUGGAAUUUGAAUUCUGUAUCGGAUAAUAAUGCUGUGACCGAAGGUGUUUGUGGAAGUGCAAAUGCAAUAGUGCCGCGACUGAAGAUGUUACAAUGUCCAGAAGUCGUGAUGAAAAUGAGGUAGUUUUUGCUGGCACUUCUGAGUCAGAGGCUCAUUGGGCAGCUGAACUACGUGAUAACAAUUGCUUUUUUUCAUCGAUUGGUCGUCCAACACUCACAUUUUUGAAAUACCACUCACAACUAGUCCUUGGAGGGACUUUCCAGAACGACUACUUUGGGAUUGUCAACAAGCUCCUGGUAUUGGGUCUUAACGUUGUUUUAUAUCAUAUCAUAAUUUGGAUCUACAUCGAAACUGCUAAUAACCUAGCUUUUGGCGCCUAACAAGCAUCACCAUAUUUAAAACCAAACUCAAAACAAAAAAAAAAUAAUUAAUUUGAAAGAACAAUGACACAGACUACUAUAUGUCGCCUCUGUGUUAAUAUUUGCAAUCAUUAUAAAAUGCUGUGCGAUGAGAAGGGUCAGAGCAAUGAAAUAUAUGAAACUACAGUGAAAUAUUUCGAUCCGAUGCUUCUGAGCCUGGAGCAAGAAAAACAGCCGGUUAUAUGCGAGGUGUGCUGGCAACAUAUUGAUGAUUUCAAUAUCUUUCAGAGGUCGGUAAUACUUGCACAGACAAAGUUAAGUGAAUACGCCACAAAAACAGAGGCUAUUGUGAAGACCGAAGAUGAUUCUUGUUUUGAACCACCCGUAUCGGACAUACCGGAUUUUGCAGAACAUAUUGUAGAUCCCGUUAGUGAAUGUAGAACUCUUACUAACGCUAAUAUUGAUGAGGAUGAAAAAGAUUUCAUGGGGUUUUCAGCUGAAUUCGAAAUAUUUGAUGGACGUAGCGAUUUGCAGUUUAGUUCAGAGGAUGAAAAACCUUUAUUGGAAUGUUUGAAAACGCGAAACAAAAAAGUUCCCAAGAUGUCUACUCGCAAGAAGAGGGCGACACCUAAGGGAAACCAAGCUGACAUUAAAAUUCCCAAAAAACGUGGCAGGAAACCUAAAGCAGAAUCAUUAAAGAGUACAAAGUCUUCCAAUAAGGAAAGAAAGGAAAAAGUAUCAAAUGAAAGUGUGGAGAGCAUAAACGAUAAUCUCCUCAAAGAUUUGAAGUUGGAGGAUUCAACAUGUUCAAACGAAGAAAUGGAAGAGAGAAAUGGUGAGAAGCUACUCGAUACUAGUUUUGGAAAGAGAACAUCGAAAGAAAUCAAUGAAUUCAUAGCCCAAUGGAAGCAAGAUUUAGAUUGCUACCUAUGCAGUGGAACUGCACCGAGUAUGUUUGCACUGAGACAACAUUUUCGAAAGGAACACCCUAAUAAAAGAUGCUACGUUCUUUGCUGCCAACGUAAACUCAGUCGUCGACAUCAAUUAGAAGAACACAUUCGAGUGCACGUCGAUCCUGGAGCUUUUAAAUGCCAACUUUGUGGAAAAUGCUGCACCAACAAAAGAACUUUAAGCAAUCAUAUGUACGAGCAGCAUACACAACAAGGACAGGAACGUUCAUUUGAAUGUCCAAUAUGUCAGAAACGUUUUGCAAAGAAACCUGUAUGGAAGAGGCAUAUGGAAAUUCACGAACCUAAUAAAGAUCACGUUUGCAAAGAAUGCGGCAAAGGUUUUCCAACGGAACAAAGACGGAUUGUUCACGAGCGCAUGGUACAUAACGUUGAACGUGUGUGUGACCAAUGCGGCAAAAUUUUUCGUGGCAUUUACACCCUUCGCCAACAUCUACUGGAACAUGCAGGUGUGGAGCGACGUAAGUGGCCAUGCGAUCAGUGCACUGCCCAGCUCAAUACACACACCAGUCUAAAGAGCCAUAAACAGGUGGCUCAUAACGACGGCAGUACAGUAUACAUCUGUAGCGAAUGCGGAAAAGUUGCACCAUCCUCUAUAGCUCUGCUCAGUCAUAAGAAAUAUGUCCAUCAAGCACCUCGAAAAUUCAAAUGCACAAUAUGUGAAAAGGCGUUUAAGACCAAUCUUGUACUACGCGAGCAUAUGGCGAGCCAUACAGGAGAAGAUCUUUACACCUGUCCGCAUUGUCCGAAAACAUUUAAAGUUAGCUCCAAUAUGCAUCAUCAUCGAAAAAAGGCCCACCCAUUUGAGUGGGCAGAAGCCAGACUAAAGAAACCCAUGACUGCAAGUAUAGAUAUGAAACAAGUAUCCCAGGAAAUUGUAAUGUGAAAUACUUGUACGAAUACAUACAAAGUAAAGAAAUAAAAAUAAAAUUUACAACA